AUGAUGAUGGUCUCCCUUUCCUUCACGAGAUGGGUUCUUACCACAUCCCUCCUUUCCUCCGCUGUAUGGGCGUCGACACACAUAGUGCACGAGAAGCGGGAUUCUGCUCCCACUGGCUUCGCACAUCUCGGUUCAGCUCCUGACGAUCAAAUAUUAAGCUUGCGAAUCAAUCUUGCUAUGGGGAACCAAGCAGGAUUGGAGGCUGCGUUACAGGAAGCCAGCUCACCCACCAGUCCUACUUUCAGAGAAUGGCUCACCAAGGAACAGGUCGAAUCCUUCGCUGCACCCACUGUCGAGACUGUGCAGGCCGUGACCGAAUGGUUGACCUCAUUCAAUAUCACGUCAACUCCUAUCACACCCGCAGGAGACUGGAUCAAGUUCGACAUACCUGUUAGCACUGCUAACCAACUUCUUCAAGCAGAAUUCAGCAUCUUCAACCAUACAGAAUCUGGACAGACUUCCGUGAGGACUUUGGCGUACUCCAUUCCCAGUGAUCUUCAAGCUCAUGUGAAGGUUGUCCAUCCGACAACUUCAUUCAACGGACCUCUUCGUGGACGCUCACCUAUCACAGCUAUUUCUGCAGCUAGAUUCACACCCGAGUUCGAGAAACGUGCGACA